GGGUCGCGACCACGGCAGCCGCAGAUUGUCCUGGCCCAUCCCAUUCCAUCCGCCCGCACGUUCACAGCGCUCCCGAAAUGGAUCACAGGCACGCCUCCGUCGGAUCAUAUCGGCCAAGUCGGCUAAAUCGUUUUCUUGGCUGUCCAUCCCACGGCAUCUCGUCGGCCGAGCCCACCGCAGCGGCCCCAGCACCGAUCGCCGCCGUCCAGCCAGGCGAUCGACCAGCAUCGUUCAACCCGCAUGCCAAAGUGUGCCCUGUUUCGGUUUGGGCGGGCCGGAGCCAGUCGCGGGCGCGUCCUGUUGCACUCCACCUCCGUGUCGUCUCCAGCGCGUGCGCAACUUGGCGGGCUCAUGGCAAGGAGGCUGAGAGCGGUGCACACCGCCCAACAACCUGCUCCUGCGACGAUGAGGGGGGGAGGAAUGCGACGAGCUCGAAGACGGCCUCUGCACCGGCUUUACCCACGCAGGCUUGCUGGACCCUCGAAAGCGGCGGCUCGGAUCCCGCACUCUCACCCCGGCAUCCCAUCUCUGCGACUGCCCCCCGGCCGACGAUGGACCAGAACUAUCUCAUUCUCGUCUUCUUUUUCGUCUUGGUUGCGGCUUGCGCUGCGAUCUUUGGAACAGUAUGGUUCAACCUGCGGAGGAUGAUCAGGGAACCACCGCCGCCCAACAACCGCACAUCCGAGUAUCUGCCCGAAUACACCGUGGAUGUCGAUCCGCCGCCGUAUGAGCACCACGAGAGCCAAGACGGACAUGUGGAGCUGCGAGAUAUGCCUCCUGUCGAUGCUGAGGCCACUCCCGACGAGCAGGAUAUUGUCGACGCCGAGGCUCCUCUGACCCCACCAUCGGAGGCCAAGCCGUCUUUGGAUUCGCCCGGCGAUGAUGCCCAGCCGACCAGCUCCACCGUCCAGCAUCACACGGAUGACCGGCGAACCACCGACCGACCCGAAAUACGGCCACUGCUCGCCGAGGUUGCUCGGCAAGUACUGGUUGGAGCAGCAAGCGGAUGAGCUGUCCCUUGCCCAUAUCGAAGCGCAGAUGCCCCCUCUCCCCUGGUCCGGUUUCCACGCCUGCAUGUCCAAAUGUCUGAUCCUUCCCAUCCAAGCUUGUUUCUGCCUCCGUCACCCCUACGUUGCCCUCGCCUCUCCAUGUACUCCUGCCGCUCACUCGAGCCAUAUCUUCGUCUUCGUCCUGUUUUCGUUCCCGUUCUCGUUCUCGUUAUCCGUGCAUUGCUCUUCAGUCGUCGCCUGAAAACCUCAGUCCAUUCAAAAGGAAAGGGACAUCCUGCUCGAGUCAGGGUUGUCGUUUUUCUGUGUCCCGAAUACACCUAUCCAUAAUGACCGA